AUGGUUUUAUCAUCAGAGAAGCUGCGCAUCGCAGCUGCCUUCUUGGCAUCACUUGCGCUGGUCAAUGGCCAGAACCCCGUCUGGAACCACGAAGAUUACACGACGAGUCCUCCAGUGUACCCGUCUCCAAACAUCACUGGAACAGGCUGGGAAAACGCAUUGGAGAAAGCCAAAGCAUGGGUUGCACAACUCAGCACAGAAGAGAAGUCUUUACUUGUUACUGGUACCGAAGGUCCUUGCGUUGGCAACAUAGCUCCAAUCUCUCGCCUGAACUUCACUGGUAUCUGCCUCCAAGAUGGCCCCCUGGCUAUUCGACAAGCUACCUAUGCUUCCGUCUUCCCAGCAGGCUUGACAGUUGCAGCUUCCUGGGACCGAGAACUCGCAUACAUUAGAGGCAAUCAGAUCGGCGAGGAAUACAAGGGCAAAGGAUCUCACGUCAUUCUGGGACCAGUCUCAGGUCCUUUAGGCCGCAGUGGUUUGGGAGGAAGGAAUUGGGAGGGCUUCAGCCCCGACCCUUACUUGACUGGUGUGUUCAUGUCGGAAACCAUCAAAGGCCAUCAAGACGUUGGUGUUCAAGCAUGUGCCAAGCACUACAUCGGCAAUGAACAGGAAACGCAGCGCAAUCCAGGCAGGAGUCCAAACAACCAGACUAUCGAGGCUCUCUCGGCCAACAUCGACGAUCGUACUCUACACGAGUUGUACCUCUGGCCUUUCCAAGAUGCAGUGCGCGCUGGUGUUGCAGCGGUCAUGUGCUCGUACAAUCGUUUGAACGGGAGCUACGCCUGUCAGAAUAGCGAGUCGUUGAACGGCCACCUGAAAGAGCAGUUGGGAUUCCAAGGAUAUGUCAUGUCAGACUGGAUGGCCACACAUGCAGGAUACCACGCUGCCGAUGCGGGUCUGGACAUGAACAUGCCCGGAGGUAUCGAAUUCAGACAAUCGGAGCCUUCUCUCUGGGGCGCCAAUCUCACGACUUCGGUCAACAACGGGAGCUUCACUCUCAGCCGCCUCGAUGAUAUGGCUCACCGCAUCAUGACACCGUACUUUUACCUCGGCCAGGACCAGGACUUCCCAGCUAUUGACGCCAGCACUCCAUCUACGCAGAAGACCUGGCCCGAGAGCACGUAUCGAUACAACUACACGUACGGCGAAUCGAACGUCGAUGUUCGAGCAGACCAUAAGAAGCUCAUCCGUCAACUCGGCGCUGCUGGGACAGUAUUGUUAAAGAACGAAGGGGCGCUGCCGCUGAAAUCACCCAAGAACAUUGGCGUGUUCGGAAAUGAUGCCGCCGACAUCACGGAUGGUCUGUACUUUUCAAAUCUCUUCUCAGUCGAAGGCUUUGAGCUUGGGGUCCUGCCUGUCGCCGGGGGCUCUGGCACUGGCAGACUCACAUAUACUGUCUCUCCUCUUGAAGCUAUCAAGGCCAAGGUUGGCGACUCUGCUCUGGUGCAGUACGUUCUGAACAAUGAGUUGAUCGCAUCGGGUGGCGCUUCCGAUAAGUUGCUCCCUUCGCCACCUGAUGUGUGUCUUGUAUUCCUCAAGACCUGGGCAUCCGAAGGAUCCGACAGGACCAGCCUUCUCGUCGACUUCAAUGGGACUGCUGUUGUUGACGCUAUAGCAGCAGAAUGUGCCAACACUGUCGUUAUCACACACUCGAGUGGUCUGAAUAUUCUUCCUUUCGCAGAUCACCCGAACGUUACUGCGAUUUUGGCCGCACAUUUGAGUGGACAAGAAGUCGGCAACUCCAUCGUUGACGUACUAUGGGGAGAGGUGAACCCAAGCGGAAAAUUGCCAUACACGAUUGCCAAAGAUAUCAAUGACUAUGAUUUUGUACCGAUCGUCAACAGCACGGAGCUGCUUGAGACCGAGGACGCCAACGCGUGGCAAGACGAUUUUGAGGAACGUCUACUCAUUGACUACCACCACUUUGACCAGUACAACAUGUCAGUCCAGUACGAAUUCGGAUUCGGCCUAUCCUACACGACCUUCAACAUCACGGGCGCCGAGGUCACCAAACUUGUUGACGGCCCCAUUUCCGCCUUACCAGCAGACGAGAAGAUCGCUCCCGGCGGCAACCCAGCAUUAUUCGAAAAGCUCUACUCCGUCACCACCUCCGUUAGCAACACAGGAACUCUCGCUGGUGCAACCGUUCCCCAGCUCUAUCUCGGCUUGCCACAAAUCGCCAACUCGGCCAUCACUCCCCCACGCGUUCUUCGCGGAUUUGAGAAAGUCACUCUCCAACCCGGCCAGACCCAGGAGGUGACGUUUGAACUCACACGUCGUGACAUUAGCCACUGGAGCGUCGAAGCGCAGCAGUGGGCCAUUUCCACUGAUGAAAGCAUUACCGUGGGGGUGGGAAGCAGUUCCCGGGAUAUCGCUGCUACGAGUGACUUUACACCAUCAUCUGGUGCAGCGAUUGGGUACAAGCCACGUAGAGUCUGA